GUUUCACUGGAUAUCUUACACAUGUCUGCAGCUCAGCACGUGUUUGUUAAGAAAUUGAAACCAAAAAUAUUUGAGAUGAGCAACAAUGGAUAUACAUCAGUUGUUAACAAGGAAACAACUAAAACUGUGCAGACAAUUCAGUCAUAUCUGUUGUCCAUAAUUAAUCCUGAGUGGGCGGUAGCUACGGCUCACAAGAUGGCACAAGAAUUUCCAACAGGUCCUGACCAGGUUCAGGCAUUUAAAUUCUGUCUCUAUCUAGCUGAGAAAUGGCUAAAGAAUACUACAGCUAAGGAUGAUACUCGUGAAAAAGCAGAAGUCCUACAGAAGAAAUUAUAUAUUCAGUAUAAGCGAUCAGCAACAGAAAAUGUUCUAAUAACCCAUAACCUGAACACUGGAGAGCAUUUAAAGUAUAUUGGGAAACCAGCAAAUCUUAUCAUUUUACUCUACGAACACCACAGCAUAGACCAAAGAAUCCAAAAUCCAACUGGCAGAGAUUACCCAGAUAUCCAUAUGGCAGCCAAGGAAAUCGCCGAAAUCAACAGUUUGGAUAUGAACAAAAUUUGGGAUAUACUGCUGGAGAAGUGGCUGUGCCCAAGUAGACUGCCCUCAGAAAAAACUCAGGAAAUCUUUGGACAUGUACUAGAAGAUGGAGAACUCCGGAG